CAUUCUCAAGUCAAUUCUCAUACGUUUGUCGUAGAUAGAACACAUUGUAAAAUCCUUCGUCGAUAGUCAAUUGUCGAAGCACAAAAUUUGAAUAUAGUCGUUUUCGGAUGUGUUAACUAUACAUAAUACUCUUAUAAAUAUACCUUCGAUGUGCUCCGGGGCAAACAAAAUUAUUUAUAUUAACAAUUUGCUUAGUUCUUCUUGUUGUGUCUCUGUGCGUGUAAUUGAAAUCCUUCUUUGUUAGUUUAAUUAACCAACUGAAGCUGAGACCAGAUUGAUACCCGCUAAAAUGUCGGGUGAUUGUUGUACUGAGCCUUGUCAGGCGCCCACAGAUUUCACUCCAUGUCCACCGGGAUCGGCGUGUCCACCAUGUGACUGCGGUGAUUAUUCGGGAUGCUGCUAUCAGCAGCCACCGCGUGUUAUGCCCAUACGGCCGGUAUCGAAUUUCAUGCGUUCAACAGCUCCAUUGGACACGGACACGAUCUAUAGGCGUUCUUAUUACGCCAAUUGUGGCGAUAAUCUUCGAGCUCGUCCGGUGUUGCCAUGCUCUCAGAUACGCGCCUCGACAGCUCCAUUGGAGAGAUGCACCGUCCAGAAGUUGUCAUACAUGCCGCCGUGUCCAGGUCAACGUACUGCAGCCAUACGGCCGAUGGAGAGUGGUUUACGUUUCGAGGGACCCAUCUAUGCCAUGACCUCACAGAAGCACGACUAUGUGCCCAAGGGCGUGGUGAAACGUGAAACAAUACGUCCACGUGAAACAAUUUGCUCCUCGUCGGCGCCCAUGGAACGAUGCACCAUACAGAAAUUGAGUUAUAUGCCCAUUGAUGUUUGUCAAAAUCCACCGCCCAAAUCCAUGCCACAACAGGGACAGUUUUGCAGGCCAGCUGGCCCCUUGGAACGCUGCACGAUUCAGAAGCUUUCGUACAUGCCAGUCUGUCUGCCGCCAAAGGAGCCGACCCCAUGGGCAGAUAAAGUACGCUGUGUGCCGCCGCGUUAUCAAAAUCUCUGCACCACCUACAACCUCAGUUAUAUGCCCAAUUGUGGUAGUGGACGCACUGCUCCAGUUGUCCCAAUGUCCCAUUUACGUUUCAUUGGCAAUGAUCCGAGUGCUGUCAAUACGGUCUACAAAUUGAGCUACAUGCCGGUAGAUGCUUCGCGGACAAAGCCUGUGCCCGUUCUGCCCAAGGACACUUUCUGUCGUCCAACUGGACCGCUGGAGAAAUGCACAAUUCAAAAGUUGUCGUAUCAGCCAAACUGUUUGGAACGCACACGGGCCAUACGUCCCAUGGAGAAUGGUCUACGCUUUGAUGGACCAAUGUAUGCCAUGACCACACAGAAGCAUGAUUUUGUGCCCAAGCCACAUGUACGCCGCAGCCCCAUAGUGCCAAGUACAGCAUUUUGUCGUCCAAGCGGAGCCAUGGAACGCUGUACGGUCAAUAAAUUGUCUUACAUGCCAGUGGAUGUGACAUGCAACCCACGGCCAGAGGCUGUUAAGCCCCGGAUGGGCUUCUGCCGCAAUGAGGGACCAAUGGAGAAUUGUACCACAUAUAAAUUGAGCUACUUGCCCAAUUGUAUACAACCCAAGGAUCCCAUGCCAUGGGCACGUUACACAAGCUAUUGCCGUCCAAGUGGACCCAUUGAGAAAUGUACUGUACAGAAACUGAGCUACGGUCCACCCGGUGCUUUCAAUCGUUGUGGCGGUAAUUGCGGCAAUGGCGGCGGUGAUGCUGGCUCCUAUCCCAAGGCUGGCAUUUGUUGAUCCAGAAAUAUAUUUUGCUUGCUCUCAUCAUCUCACUCUACCCUUUCCUCAUCUGACCCUUUCUUUUGAUGUGAUGUGAGCUCAUUUACCAUUGUGUUUUUAAGUUGUACCCAAAAUCUUCAAGUCCCGACUACGUUACAUACAGAUAUACAUAUUUGUUUUAAAUGCAACCCAAAAAAAAAAAAACCCAUCAACACGUACAACUUUUGUUCUAUCACGUUGAGUCGUUAUUUAUGGUCAGCUGCAUUAAAUUGUAAGUGUGCUAAUCCUGCAAAUAAAAAGUCUUUUCUUUGAA